AUGGCCGACUUCGAUUUGGCCAGCCUCUCUGCCGGCCAGCAGGAAGCUCUCCAACAAUACACCGCCCUCACCAACCAAGAACCCAAGGACGCCGUUCCUUUACUGGAGAGGUCACAAUGGAACGUACAGAUCGCAAUCACAAAGUUCUUCGACGGCGAAGGCCCCGACCCCGUCGCAGAGGCACAGGCACAGCAAGCACAAGCUGACGUGCCCCGGCCCGCCGGCCGACAUGAGAAUCUCCAAGAGAGCUUCUACACCCCGAUAGGCAGGCCGCCACGCCGCGACCGCACAGAACCUGCCCCACGGAUAGUCCCGCAGCAGUCGACAACCUACCACGUCCCCUGGCUGUUCUCCCUCAUCUUCGCCCCUUUCCAGCUCGGCUGGAAGCUGUUCGCCAACCUUUUCCGUCCGAUCUACUACAUCCUGUCCUUCCUGCCGCAGUCGCUGCGGCCGCGCGCUGUUUCCAACUCCAUCACCCGCGGUUUACGCAACACAAAUGGCCGCAAGAUGCUCCUACCGCGAGACUCGGCGGCACGGUUCAGGCGCGAGUUCGAGGAGGAGUACGGGGCCGGCAGCCCGGCGCUGCCGUGGUUCGAGGGCGGGUUCGCGCAGGCCCAGGACCUGGCCAAGAAGGAGCUCAAGUUCCUGCUGGUGGUGCUCAUGUCGCCCGAGCACGACGACACGGCCUCCUUCGCGCGCGACGUCCUGCUCAGCCCGGACGUGGCCGCCUUCCUGUCCGACCCGGCCGCCAACGUCGUGCUGUGGGGCGGCAACGUGCUCGACAGCGAGGCCUACAUCGUCUCGCAGGAGUACAGCUGCACCAAGUUCCCCUUCUCCGUCCUCAUCAGCCUCACCCCCAAGGAGGGCAGCACCCGCAUGGGCAUCAUCAAGAGGCUCGCCGGCGCCACCAACCCAUCCGCCUACCUGACCGGCCUCCGCUCCGCCAUGGACAAGUACGCCCCGGACCUGGAGGGCCUGCGCGCCGAGCGCGUCGCACAGGAGACGUCAAGAAGCCUGCGGACGGAGCAGGACUCGGCGUACGAGCGCUCGCUGGCCCGGGACCGCGAGCGCGCACGACAAAAGCGCGAGGCGGCCGCUGCGGCGGCGGAGGCGGAGCAGCGCGAGAGGGAGCGGGCGGAGCAGGCGGCGGAGAAGGACCGCAAGCGCCAGCUGUGGCGGCGGUGGCGGGCCACGACGAUCGCGCCGGAGCCCCCCGCCAGCGACGCCGACGUGGUGCGGCUGGCGGUCAAGAUGCCCGAGGAGACGGGCGCGGGCCGCGUGAUCCGGCGCUUCGCGGGCGCCACGACGGUCGAGGAGCUGUACGCCUUCGUCGAGUGCUACGGCGUGCUGCAGGCGCGGGCGGGCGGAGCCGCGGACGAGUCGGAGCUGGACGACACUGGCGCGCCCGAGGGGUACGAGCAUGCUUAUGCGUUCCGGCUUGCCAGCGUGCUGCCGAGGGAGGUGUUUGAGCCGACGCGGGACAAGACGCUGCGGGAGACUAUUGGCAAGUCCGGGAACCUGAUUGUCGAGGACGUGUUUGAUGCUGAGGAGGAGGAGACGGUAGAGGGCGAGGGGCAGACAGCAUAG